AUAAGAAAGAGGAAGAGCUGAGAACUUUCAACUUUCAAAGUGAUUGUGAAGGUGAAGGAAGAGAUGGGGAAUCGUUUUACUUGCAUGACAAAGAAGGAGACGAAAGAUGUUGGAUCGAGAAGCAAGAGAAUGGGCAGAUCACAGAGGAAGCUGGUGGCAGAGGAAGACCUGCAUCUACAGGCACUCUCCAUGGCACUCCAACAGCAUCAGUUGUCUCAGAGGUUCGAAGGUUCCAUGUCAAGGAGAAUCGGCUCCACGAGCUCCAGAAGGCGCAAUCUCUCUGAUUCUUUCUCCGCCAAUAAACAGGUACAGGUUCCAGAGAUUCUGGAGAACAUUAAAAUAAAGAAGUUUGUAUUAAUCCAUGGAGAAGGUUUUGGAGCAUGGUGUUGGUACAAGACUGUUGCCCUACUGGAAGAAUCAGGCCUGCUUCCCGUUGCCUUAGAUCUUACCGGUUCUGGAAUUGAUCUCACUGAUGCUAACAGUGUCACAACAUUGGCAGAAUAUUCAAAACCUUUAACUGAUUAUCUUGUGAACCUUCCGGAUGAUGAAAAGGUUAUUCUUAUUGGUCAUAGCAUUGGUGGUGCCUGCAUUUCUUAUGCAUUGGAACAUUAUUCACAGAAGAUUUCAAAAGCUAUUUUCCUUUGUGCUACGAUGGUGACUGAUGGCCAAAGGCCUUUUGAUGUUUUCGCUGACGAGCUUGGCUCCGCUGAACAUUUUAUGAAAGAAUCCAAGUUUUUGAUACAUGGGAAUGGUAAAGAAAAGCCCCCCACAGGAUUUAUGUUUGAGAAAGAGCAGAUGAAAGGGUUAUAUUUUAACCAGUCCCCAUCUAAGGAUGUUGCUUUAGCCAUGGUUUCCAUGAGACCUAGCCCUCUUGGCCCUAUCAUGGAGAAGCUAUCUUUAUCGCCCAACAAAUAUGGUAGAGGCCACCGGUUUUACAUUCAGACAUUGGAUGAUCGUGCCCUUUCACCAGAUGUUCAAGAGAAGCUGGUGAGGGAAAACCCACCUGAAGGAGUUUUCAAAAUCAAAGGCAGUGACCACUGUCCUUUCUUCUCCAAGCCACAAUCUCUGCACAAAAUUUUGGUGGAAAUAGCUCAAAUUCCAUAGGUUAAUGGUGAACAUGAUUUGAUGUAUCUAUCUUUGCAUUAUUAACGAUUAUAGUUGUAUGUGUAGUACAGUGGAAGAAGCCUAAUUGGGAGGAGUAUUUCAUUUUUACUUCUACAUCAUGAAAUCUUAAAUAGGAAGGGGCAUGAUUUAAUUUCCUGACUUGUAAGUGACUUGUGUAAGCUUCGGGUAUAUUUCAUUUGUUUUAUUAUUAUUAUUAUUAUUAUUAUUAUUAUUAUUAUUA